AUGGCUAGAACACGAGGUUUAGGUAGACUUAUAGGCAGAGAUAGACAGGAUGACCAUGAUGCAGUUGAUGUUCCCGAGAGGCGUAGGCCUACUGCAUCAGCCCGUAAGCAACGGGUUCAUCAGAUAAUUGCGGAUGCACCUGAUAUGGCUGAGGAUGUUCCUGACAUGACUGAGAAUGUCCCUGAUAUGGCUGAGGAUGCACCUGAGAUGACUGCGGACGUCCAGGGUGAUGAUGGUUCCGAGGGGUCAGAUGUUGAUGAUGUUGAGGGAUUCCCAGGUGGGCCACGUGACCCAUCAAUGCUGACAUCAUUUGUGGACCAUGUUGCACACGCCGUUUGGAGUGGACAUGAGCGUCUUGAUUUGAAGUUGGUGUCACAUGGGAGGAAGGUGACAUUGAUUGGGAGGCCAAUGCCUGAGAUUGAAGGACUGGUUGGUGCCACAGGAUUAAGUCCACUGAUCGAUUGUUCAGUUGUUACUGGCGAUCCUAGACUUAUAUCCGCAUUUGUGGAGAGGUGGUACAGCGAGACCAGCAUCUUCCACCUUUCGGUAGGAGAGUUGACGAUCACAUUGGAUGAUGUGUCGUCACCCCUCCAUUUGCUUAUCACUGGCGCGUUGCACAACUUUCAUGCUCUUUCUGCGGAGGAGGCGAUAUUUUUGUUGAACGAGUUGCUUGAGGUGUUUGCUGAGGAGGCUAGAGCCGAGACAGCACGAUCACGUGGGGCAUACGUACGGCUGGGAUGGACGUUUUUCGCGACCUGGGGUCAGAGUGGUGGUUAUGCUUGGGGAGUUACCGCGCUGGUUCAUAUGUAUGACCAGUUAGAUGAGGCUUCUAGGACCACCACACGACAGAUUGCGGGAUACCUGACUCUGUUACAGUGCUGGAUCUAUGAGCACUUUCCUAGUGUGCAUCAGUGCGCCACAGAUGAUACAUACCAGGAGACAUCCCCACGUGCUUCCCGGGGGCUGACGUCGAAGGCGCAUAUGAAGGGAAUCAUAGGAGCUCCGUACAGGGCACGUUGUGAUGCUUUGACCAUCACAGAUGUGUCUUGGUUGCCUUACACUGAGUAUCGGGGAGUUAGGGCCUUUGAGCUGAUUUCAUCAUUUCAGGGUCAGCUGAGAUGGGGUCAUAUGGUGGUCACAGCUCGACCGGAGAGGAUAUCUCACCCAUUCAUGAUACCGAUCCAGGCAGGUGACCAGCCCAGAGAUGCACCUGCCGCAGACCCUGAGGAGUACAUGCAGUCGCCCAGCCCCCAGGUUCUAGUGGCAUUUGACCCCCCUCCACAUGCAGUGGAUGAUUACGACGGCUAUGAGGCGAUUACACAGAGGUUGGAACGUGUGCUCAACCUUAGGAUGGUCACUGCAGACAUAGAGUUAUAUGAUAUUAUGCAGGAUUGUCUGACGAUCGCCAGAGGGGGAGCUAGUGCUGAUGGAAGUGUCAGGGCUCGACAGAGACGGCGCACAGAGCAUUGA